GGACUCCUUCAUGAUCAGUUAUGCCGAUAGUGCGACAGGCACCCAUUUGGAUUCUGGCAAGGAGCCUGGCAAAUUCUUCCGAGAGUCAACGUUGAAAAGUGAGAAUGUGAUGCCGAUGCCUGACGUCACCAAUAAAAUGCCUAAAAGAUCAUUUUUACCUCGGAGAAUCUCCUUGAAAUUACAAUUUUCGACCCUGAAGCUCCCUCAACUAAAUCAAAUCUUCCGUGCGAAAGAGAAUUCCCCUAUGGGGAAGAUCUUGGCACGCACAAUAGCCCAGUGCGAGAGCGCCGCAAUAUAUGGUGAAAAGAAGAGUUGUGUGUCCUCCAUCAAGGACACGAUUGACUUUGCCACCGCGAUUUUGGGUCAUGAUGUCAUGGUCCUGUCCACGACAAGUACUGGAGGAUCGAAGCAGCAGGUCAUGGUGGGGCAAGUGAAGAGGAUGGAGUCCAGCGAUACGAGAAAAUCGGUAGUGUGUCACCAAAUUCUGUUUCCCUCGGUAAUCUAUUACUGUCACUCGUUUUUGGAUGUAGAGAUUUAUGAGAUAAACAUGCUCGAUCGCAACUCAGAGGUGCAAAUCAAUCGGGAUGUGGUAAUUUGCCACUUCAACACGUCCGCAUGGAGUCCAAAUCAUCCUGCAUUUCUGGAUCUGAGGUCGAGUCCUGGCCAGACCGAAGCAUGCCACUGGGCUUACGAGAACAAUCUGGUUUCGAUAGCGAUUUAGUGGAUGGGGACAGCUGCCGAAGGUGUUGGAGAUCUAAGUGUUGAAGGAGUUUGAGUUCUGAGUGUUGAAGGCGUUUGAGUUCUUUAUGUGGAUGUUAGCUACUAGUGGGAAUCUUGUCCCAUAAGAUGCUGUUGAGAAAUCAGCCGUUGAAGUGUAUUAUGAGUUCGCAUGUGUGAGGUUUUUACUCUUUUUCUUAGUAUUUGAUGGGCGAGAUAUUUUGUUUCGUGUAACCUAAUCGUGGGUGUGACCGUCGGAUUUAAUAAAAAAGUAUGUUCGACUCUAGAA